AUAUUUUCUGUUUUUGUUAAUACAUAUCUUCAUUUUCACCUUGAGAUCACCACUCAAAAUCCCAAUACCUUUUCUUAAAAAAGAAAACAAAAACGAAAUUUAGAAAAGAAAAAAAAAAUUCACGGAUAAGGAUUGAUAGGAAGAGGAAAAAAACAAUUCAAGAAGAGGAGGAAGAGAACUAAUAUAAUAACAAAAACAAACUUAACAUUUCUACAAGGACGUUGGUUGAUUAGUCGUCGGUCGUUGAAGGAAGAAGAAGUCUUUUCUCCUUCUUUCUUCACCGUACGAUCGUUGUCUAUACAAUGAGAGAAACAUCAAAGCCAAUGGCUACAAGCUCUUCUUCCUCCUCCAUCUCCUCAAUUCCUCCUUCGUCUCCAUCAUCUUCUCCAGCCACCACGACCACGCCGCCACGUCAGAACAAUCUCCUCAAGCCACCAUCUUCAAAAAAGAAGAAAAACAAAUCAAAUGUGUUCGGAGUCUUACGCACCGUGUUUCGCUCUUUCCCUAUCUUCACAACAUCAUCCCUAGCAUGCAAAAUCCCGGUUAUCAAUCCCGGUUUAGGCGUAGCAGAACCUCAUCACAACACGUCAAGAGUCACCGGCACGUUGUUCGGAUACCGUAAAGGCCGUGUAAGUCUCUCCAUUCAAGAAACCCCUAAAUGUCUACCUUCUUUAGUCGUAGAGCUCGCCAUGCAAACCACAACGUUUCAAAAAGAACUUAGCAUGGGGAUGGUUAGAAUCGCUCUCGAGACCGAGAAACAACCUAACAAUAAUAACAACAAGACAGAAAAGAGCACGAAUAUUUUGGAUGAACCGUUGUGGACAAUGUUUUGUAAAGGAGAGAAAACUGGUUACGGUGUGAGACGUGAAGCGAACGAUGAAGACUUAAGCGUGAUGGAACUGUUACGACCGGUGUCUAUGGGCGCAGGAGUUUUGCCUGGAAACUCGGAGUCGGAAGGACCAGACGGUGAAAUGGCGUAUAUGAGAGCUUACUUUGAGAGAGUUGUUGGGUCUAAAGAUUCAGAGACUUUUUAUAUGUUGAGUCCUGAAGGUAAUAAUGGACCUGAGCUUAGUUUUUUCUUUGUAAGAGUUUGAUUAAUUUUGUUAAUUUAAGGUGCAUGUAAAGGCCGGAGACGGUGGUUGACGUUAUAUACAUAUAGUAUCAUUUUAGUAUGAUUAAAUUAUAUUCUUCUC